UGUUUGAAAAGUGAAGAGACUGGUUCUUUUUCUGUGAAGCGACAGUUUUACUAUAAAUGUUGACUGGAAGCGAAACCCGCCAGAGAGAAGCUAGAGAGAGAGACACCCCUAGCGGAGAGGACAGUUACUGAGGAUUUCUCAGAAACGGUGUUCACUUUAAAACGAAAGCGAAACUGAUGUGUGUUGGUGUAGUGUACGGUCCUGAACGUUUAUUUAGCUCCUUACCGAUCACCAGCGGACAGAUGUUCAAACCAACAAGGAGAGAGAGUAAGAGAGGACGUGAAAGACGAUGUGGAUAUACUAUACCGUCGGAUUACCGCGUCUUCUCUCUACUAGUUUGGACGUUUAUUGAUGAUCAAGAACAGGAUUAAUACCGCUGUGAUUCUGUGAUUAAAAACGGAUUCUGCGUCGGAAAAUACAAAAAGUGCAUCAGGAAAAUAAAACUACAUUGCACUCGUUUUGCAAAACGGAUGCCAGGGAACUGUGUAGCGAUGGGAGAGGGUUGGGACCGCUCUCCCCUGUAGGAUGGUGUGUGGUAGUAGUAGUGGUCUGACAGUCUCUCUCUCUCUCUCUCUCUCAGGAUGCCAGGGUAACAUAGCUCCUAUCAUAACUAGUAGUAGUAGUAGUAGUAGUAGUAGUAGUAGUGGUCUGACAGUCUCUCUCUCUCUCUCAGGAUGCCAGGGAACUGUGUAGCGAUGGGAGAGGGUUGGGACCGCUCUCCCCUGUAGGAUGGUGUGUGGUAGUAGUAGUGGUCUGACAGUCUCUCUCUCUCAGGAUACCAGGGAACUGUGUAGCGAUGGGAGAGGGUUGGGACCGCUCUCCCCUGUAGGAUGGUGUGUGGUAGUAGUAGUGGUCUGACAGUCUCUCUCUCUCUCUCUCUCUCUCUCUCUCUCUCUCUCUCUCUCAGGAUGCCAGGGAACUGUGUAGCGAUGGGAGAGGGUUGGGACCGCUCUCCCCUGUAGGAUGGUGUGUGGUAGUAGUAGUGGUCUGACAGUCUCUCUCUCAGGAUGCCAGGGAACUGUGUAGCGAUGGGAGAGGGUUGGGACCGCUCUCCCCUGUAGGAUGGUGUGUGGUAGUAGUAGUGGUCUGACAGUCUCUCUCUCUCUCUCAGGAUGCCAGGGAACUGUGUAGCGAUGGGAGAGGGUUGGGACCGCUCUCCCCUGUAGGAUGGUCGCUCACAGCACUGUGGAAGAACAAGACACAACAACAAAAGCACCAUCGUCAUCGUCACCUUCUAGACCUCUAGGCGCCUCCUCCACCUUCCUCUCGACUCCACACUCGGACCACCACGCAACAUCACCAUCAUCAUCGUCAUCACCAUCAUCAUCAGUCUCCCAGUCGCACCGUCAGCGCCCAUCCAACCAGUGUGUGGCGUCCCCUAUCCCAGGACCAGACCUGUUAGACCACCAGCCGCCUCUUCCCCUCCUGGACCCAGUGCCCACCCACUUUCCUCUGUUCCCCUGCAAGUUAGACUUCCUGUUGAUCACCCGGACAGCCGCCAUGUUGGAACGUUCCGGCUUCUACUGGGGCCCGCUAGGAGUGGAGGAGGCUCACAGUCGACUGAAGGACGUUGCCACGGGAACAUUCUUGAUCCGAGACAGUCGUCAGAAAGACGUCUUCUUCACGCUGUCCUAUCGCGCGGCCAGCGGCCCGGUCAGCGUACGCAUCGUCUAUAAGGGACAACGGUUCAGCCUGGCAGGAAGUGAGCACUCUUUCCCCUGCCUCUUCCUCCUGCUCGAACACUACAUUCAGUCCUCUAAGAAAAGCCUGACCGUUCCGUACAGGAAGCAGCGCCCUACGCUCCAGGAACUGUGCAGGAAACAGGUUGCGGAGUCGUGCGGCGGUGAGGUGGAACGGGUCGCCAGGGUCCCCGUCAACCCAGUCCUAAAACACUUCCUGUUAGAGUUCCCGUACAGGAUAUGAUGUCACAGGGGAUGCCGUUGAGGCGGGACUUGAUUUGGAUCGGGUCGGUACUGAAGGGUACGUACGGGAUAUGAUGUCACAGGGGAUGCCGUUGAGGCGGGACUUGAUUUGGAUCGGGUCGGUACUGAAGGGUUUUCGGAUCGGUCGCUUUGAAACUAGAGACCGGGUCGUGGUUAGAAACGAGGUCAGAGUUCAGAACCGCACCCUAUUCUCUAAACGGUGCACUACUCGACAGGGUCAUAGGUCACACUUGGUCUGGGUUUGGGUUUAUCCGGUUUGGUGGUGGUCCCUGGAGGAUUUUAAGGGACCGUAUAUAUGUGGACCACCACAACAACAACAACGACAACAGGUUAUGGGGCGGCUGCAUUAAAGAACCACCACCGGGGUUCUGGUUGUGUUCUGAUCCGGGUCGCUGACCCUGUGAGGUGGACGGUUUGGUUAGUGGACUGGUUCUGCCGUUGUAGGCAGGGCUAGGUUCGCUGUAGCACAACAACUCAAGCAUCAAUACUUUACAAUGUUUACAAUGUUGUUUACAAACUUUACAACGACCAGGAAUGUUUACGCUACACAAUAUUACAGUACUGUAUGUAUAACUGUGUACUCUCUGGUACUAACAGGUAUAACUGUGUACUAUGUAGUACUAACAGGUAUAACUGUGUACUCUCUGGUACUAAUGGGUAUAACUGUGUACUAUGUAGUACUAACGGGUAUAACUGUGUACUCUCUAGUACUAAUGGGUGUAACUGUGUACUCUCUAGUACUAAUGGGUGUAACUGUGUACUCUCUAGUACUAAUGGGUAUAACUGUGUACUCUCUAGUACUAAUGGGUAUAACUGUGUACUCUCUAGUACUAAUGGGUAUAACUGUGUACUCUCUGGUACUAACGGGUAUAACUAUGUCGUACUAAUGAGUAACUGUGUACUAUGUAGUACUAAUGAGUAUAACUGUGUACUCUCUGGUACUAACGGGUAUAACUAUGUCGUACUAAUGAGUAACUGUGUACUAUGUAGUACUAAUGAGUAUAACUGUGUACUAUGCAUCAUAUCUGCUGUGCAGACUACCUCUAGGGGUGUUUUAAUGGAUAAUAAAUAUGGCGUAUAUAUUUCA